AUGGACAACAUCGACGAGGAAUAUGACCGGCUUGUUGAACACCUUCACGACUGCGCAAAGAAGGCUGAGACAGCACGAGCAGCAGGGAACCAAGAACUCACGUUCGAGCUCGCAAGGCUCUGCAGAGAGGCGAUAAAGGAAGACCUUAAAGAGAGAAGAGCAGAAGUGCUGGCUGAAGCUGCAGAGGCGGGGAAAAGCAUCCGCUAUGCCCGUCGAGACUUCGCCAGUCGCAAGACGAGGAUGACUGCUCUCCAGAACCCAAAGGGAAUAGCCAUUGCAUCGAGAAGGGGGAUGGAGAAAAUCAUCUACGACUUCUACUCUGAUCUCUUCGACAGCCAUGUCCACUUGCCUCCUCACCAUCUGAGGGAAGGCGGACAAGUCAUUCCAGAGGUUCUCCCGUCCGAAAUACGACAUGCUAUCAUGUCGGUAAAAAAUCGUACGGCAUCCGCUCCCGACAGAAUAAGACCAGAACACCUGAAGAGCCUUCCGCCAGUACUCAUCAACACCCUGGCGAGGCUCUUUACACGUUAUCUGUCGGAAUGCAGGGUUCCUAAACAGUGGAAGAUCAGCAAGACCGUGUUGUUGUAUAAAAAGGGAGAUCCACAUGACAUCGGCAACUAUCGUCCAAUCUGCCUACUGUCCGUCAUCUACAAGCUCUUUACAAAAGCGAUCCUUAAUAGGAUUGAAAAAGUCUUGAAGGACAGCCAUGCGAGCAAGCAGGGUUUCGAAAAGGAUUCAGCACGAUUGACCACUGUUUCGAAACUUAUCAAGGUAUCACGAGAGUACAAGAUGCCGCUUUGUCUCACCUUCAUCGCCCUAAAGAAGGCCUUCGACUCAGUUGAGACGGAAGCGGUCGUGGAAGCCAUGGACAACCAAGGAGUCCCUACUCAGUAUAUAAAGGUACUUCGAGAGUUGUACAGUAACUUCACGACCGGAAUUUCGUCAUUCUACAAGAACAUCAUCAUUGACAUUAAGAGGGGGUGA